UAUGAUGUAUCGUGGCUAGGCUCGGAACAGGAAAAGAUACGGAGUGGAUUUUUAGUCAGUAAGAUUCUGACACUGCCUAUCCCUAAGAAAAAUAUUGAUAGCACGAUGUCUUCAAUUUUUACCAUCCAUUCUUCUGGUCCGUGGACGCCACUCGAGUACUUUUCUAACCCAUCGGCCACCUGUCCCACCUGUCCUUCGAGUGUUGCCUGCCCAUUGCAGUUUGCACUUAAGCUUGCAGAUUUUAGCUAUUUCGUUAAUUCAGAUUCUCUUAGUUUUAGGCUUUGUAGUGUCCAAAAAUAUGUAACUUGCAAAAAUAUUCUUAAACCAAUGACAUUGCCGCUAUGUUUCGUCCACUCAAUACAAACGAAGCUUGAAUAACUUUCUAAUCUUUUCAAUCUAGUUAUCGCGGGCCUAUUGAUCACUGCAUAGUCUGUGUACCAAUCGAGUUUGUAACACAGUGCCGCGCGGACGUGCCUGACAAUGGCCUAUAAAAUAUCAAUUCUACUAUCAUGUUUCAUUAUUAUUCUAUGUUUUAGUAAAAUCAGAGCCAUGGGUGCCUUGAGUCCUCUCGAUCCGUCUUCGUUUUCGCGGCCUGAACAGGCGAUUAUAACACACAUAUCGCUUAAUUUGAACGUAGACUUUGAGAAGCACGUUCUAAAGGGAUGUGCCAAGAUAGACUUCGAUAUUCUUGAAGAUGUCAAUUGUCUGAUACUUGACGCAAGCAACCUUAAUAUAUCAUCGAUAGAAGCGGACGAUGGAACGCAACUACAGUACAAAUUGGGGGAACAUGUGCCCAACAUGGGAUCCAAACUUACUAUAUUGUUGCCUAAACAGCAUAGUGCUGGAGAAAAAAUUAAAGUUAAGAUUGCAUACAGUACUGAUCCUCAAGCGUCUGCCUUGCAAUGGCUGGGCCCGGAACAGACUUCUGGAAAGAAAUACCCAUACCUCUUCAGUCAAUGUCAGCCGAUCCACGCAAGAUCUAUCCUACCUUGUCAAGAUACUCCUGCGGUGAAGUUUACCUAUGAUGCUGAGGUCACAGCUCCCGAGGAGUUUACGGUAUUGAUGAGUGCACUGAGAGGAGAGGCCAGGAAUAACAAGACUACGUUCAGGCAGCCCAUGCCAUUACCUUCGUAUCUGGUGGCCAUCGCCGUCGGAGUACUUGAGAGUAGGACACUUGGACCAAGAUCACGAGUAUGGUCAGAGAAAGAAGAGAUUGAGCGCAGUGCAUGGGAAUUUGCGGAAACUGAGAAGUACCUCCAAGCAGCUGAGAAGCUGUGCGGACCGUAUGAGUGGUCGGAGUAUGACCUCCUAGUGCUACCUCCCUCCUUCCCUUACGGAGGAAUGGAGAACCCCUGCUUGACUUUUGUUACGCCUACGCUUUUGGCGGGCGACAGGAGCCAAGCUGAUGUGAUAGUACAUGAAAUAAUGCACAGUUGGACAGGCAACCUGGUGACUAACAGAAACUUUGAGCAUUUCUGGUUGAAUGAGGGUUUCACAGUGUUCCUGGAGAGGAAGGUCGGAGCCUCACUCAUCAAUGACUCGGUUGAGGCCAAGAAGAGCCGGGACUUCCACAGCUUGCUUGGUUUACAAGAACUUAGUGAAGCGGUGAGUGUCUUCGGGGCAUCUAGUCCUCUCACGAACCUCGUGGUUGACCUAAACGGGAUCCACCCAGAUGACGCCUUCUCGCGAGUGCCUUACGAGAAAGGAUCUCUCUUCCUGCGCUAUCUCGAAGAUCAAGUCGGAGGUCCUGAGGUGUUUGAUGACUUUCUCCGGGCCUACCUGACCAAGUUCAAAAAGAAGUCUCUGGACACAGACCAGUUCAAGGCGUUCCUGUUGGACUACUUCAAGGACAACAAGGCUAUCAAGGAAGUAGACUGGAACUCCUGGCUGUACAAGAGCGGUAUGCCGCCUAUCAUUCCUGAUUACGACACAACUAUGACCAAAGCUAUAUCGGCGCUGCUCGUCAAGAUUGAUGACCCCUCCGCUUGCCUAUCUUACGAAGACGUGGCUUCCUUCACUCCUCAUCAGAUGAUCCACAUGCUGCAGCAGCUCAUUGACAGACCAGCGCUGCCUCUCGAAAGACUCACUUCCCUCGGCAAGGAGUACAAAGUUAAUUGCAACAAGAACACUGAGAUUUUGUACAGAUGGCUGAGACUGUGCAUAAGAAGCCGAGAUGACACCAAACUCAAUGAAGUCUUCAACUUCGUGAAUAGCCAAGGCCGUAUGAAAUACGUUCGUCCAAUCUACAGAGACCUCUACGCGUGGGAGGACGUCAGGGAACGAGCCAUCCAGAAUUUCCUCAAGAACGAAAAGUUUAUGAUGCACGUAUCUGCGUACACCAUCAGAAAGGACCUCCACCUUGAAGAAAAGACUACUGAAUAGUAUUUCGUUUACAUAUUGUUAUUAUGUAAGAUAGUGUAACUAUAAUUUUAUGCCAUAAUAUUGAUUGAUUUCAAUAAAAUUAUUAUAUUAUGAUGUUUAUA